AUGGCAGUCACAGAGUCGGCCAUCGCUUCAUUUCCUUACAGACACGGGAAGGGUGUCAAGUUCCAACACGUAAAGGCAGCAGCCAGGACUCUGCCCAGUAAGAAGUGCAAUGACAGUCCUAAGAACAAGGGUCCAGAGGCAGUGGUGCUGGAGACUAAGGAGGAGCUGGCACAAGUUGUUGAAGUUGAGCCUAACUAUGGCAAGCUGGUGUGGGCUCGGUUGUGUGGUGAGCGAUGGUGGCCUGGAACCGUUGUCAAGGGAACCCUUAUUUACCUCCAGUCUCAGAAGUCUGCUUCAUCGUGGGUGUACUGGUUUGGUGAUCACAAAGUGUCUCAGGUGUCUCAUGACAAGAUCAUAUCUUUCUCUGAGAACUACAAGGCCAAAGUGGGCAACUUCAAGAGCAAGAUGUAUCGCAAGGCUGUUCUAGAGGCACUAACAGAAUGUUGUCGCCGCGGAGGUCCACAUGUUAACAACAACAAUGACCACCAGAUGCUGCAGUGGGCUGAAGCAGGCUUCCCCGACAGUACAACAGGCAGACAGGUGUCUCUGGACCCACCUCAAGACUGCCCUUUGCCUGGCUCUGUUAUGGGCUACCUCACUGAGAUUGGGAAUGACAUCAGAAGGAAGGUGGCAAACAUGGAUGCUGGCAACAAGCAGCCAGAUGAAAACAGAGAUAAUGCUGUGGAUGCUGUUAGAAAUGGGCAGAAACAACUGGAAGAUAUCUGCAUCAGCUGUUCGGAUCUGCACCAGGAGGUGGUGUGUGGACACCCAUUGUUUGAAGGAGGCCUUUGUUCUGGAUGUAAGGCGGAAGUGUCGGACACGAUGUAUGCAGUUGGGGAAGACGGACUUCAUAGCUUCUGUGCUGUGUGUGGUGCUGGGGGAGACCUGUUUGUUUGUGAUUCUCCUGAGUGUCAGAGGGUGUACUGCAGGCCAUGUGUAGAGGAACUAGGAGGGGAAGACAUGCUCCAAAAGGUGAUAGCAGCCAGCAAGUGGCAUUGCUUCCUAUGCUUCUCGUGUACCAACCAGCAAGACUGUCUCCUCCGUCCUCGACCAAACUCACACGAGAUGAUCAUAAGGUUUUUUGACACAGGAUACAGGGUGCAGAUGCCCAGUCUUGCCUACUUCAGCACCAAGAGACCACUUCGGGUUCUCAGUUUGUUUGAUGGGAUUGGCAGUGGGAAAUUAACACUUGACCAGCUAGGCUUCAGUGUUGAUGCCUACUAUGCCAGUGAAAUUGAUGCUGAUGCCAUCAUUGUUACCAGAUGUAACCAUGGCAACUCCGUUGUCCAUGUUGGAGAUGUCAUGCAGCUGGAUCACAAGAAGUUGGCCGAGUUGUCUCCUAUUGAUCUUCUUAUUGGUGGAUCCCCUUGCAAUGACGUUUCUCUUGCAAAUCCUGCAAGAAGAGGUUUCCAGUCUGGUAGCACUGCUCUGCUGUUCUUCGAGUAUGUAAGAGUGCGUGACAAGCUGCAGCAGCUCAACAGCAACACACAUCUGUUCUGGCUGUACGAGAAUGUAGCGUCGAUGAAAACCGAGUUCAAGAAUACCAUGUCACGCUUCCUAGAGUGCCAGCCAGCCCUUUGGGACUCAAGUAGGUCAUCAUGUCAGCUCAAUGAGAAGGGAAGGUUCUUCUGGGGAAACAUCCCUGGCAUGUACAGCACACCAGCUAUCUCUACCUUCAUGCAUGAGAAUGUGGAUCUGAACAGCGUCCUGGAGCAGAACUGCAACCGCCGAGCCACCAUCUCCAAGAUGGGUUGUGUCACCACACGCACCAACAGCCUGAAGCAUGGCAAACAUGAUGAGCUGUUUCCCAUCGAGAUGGAAGGGGAGACAACUGGUAUUUGGAUAUCAGAGGUUGAAAGGCUGUUUGGGUUCCCCCCUCAUUAUACAGAUGUUGGAAACAUGCCGGCCACACGCCGACAGAAGCUGCUGGGCAAAUCCUGGAGUAUCCCCAUAAUGAGAAACCUUCUCACCCCUCUGAGGCAGUACUUCACAACCACAACAACCACCCCAGCUGAGUGAAGCUGCAACCAUCACCAUUGAUGAAGAUGACAACUGUGUUUCUCAUUGCCACAAUGAUGGACCCUUCUGACCUACACAUGCAGUCACCACUGACUUCCCCUCUAACACACCUCCAGUCUUCUGGUCUCCCCUCUAAAUGAUACCUUCUGACCUACACAUGAAGUCACCACUGACUUCCCC